AUGAUAAAUGAUUUAGCAUUCAAUUCAGAUUACUCGUCGAUAUCAGUAUCGACAGACGAAGGUCACAAAAUCUUCAAUUGUGAACCUUUUGGUGAGCUUUAUUCGUCUGAUGAAGUUCCACUUCGAAAAUCUAUAUCAAACUCUUUAGACGAUAACGAUGAUGAUAACAAAGGGCCAACUACUUCAUCAACAGUGAGCUUGAAGAACGAAUUGGGGGAAGAUACGGAUCAUAAUGGGAACUACCCCACCUUGUUUUUGAGAAUGUUGUAUUCAACUUCAUUGACGAUUAUUGUACCCAAGAGGGCAGAUAAUAAACUAUUAAAGAUAUUCAAUUUAAAACAAAAUUUGAAAAUUAUUGAUCUAGAGUUCAAUGCAAGUAUAAUAGAUGUGAAGCUUAAUCGGAAAAGAUUGGUAGUAGUUUUGCAAAAUGGAGAGGUUCACAUUUACGAUUUGAGCUGUAUCAAGCUUAUUAAGAUACUACGACUACAUUUUGAUAAGCCAAAUACCUGCGAGUUUAUUGGCGACUUGAGUGCAAAGGACGUUUCUUGGCUAGCUAUACCGAUGAGUUUGAUAAUGGAGAGCUCAGAUUUGUUCGGUUCAAGUUUAAGUUUAAGCGAUGCCAAUCUGUCUGUUACACUAAACUCUAAAGAUGCACUGGUGGUGGAUCACUUUUACUUUGAUGAGUAUCUCAAGAUGACACCCAAAAAUUCACAUAGUAAUGGGCUCUUAAACAAGUCACAAAUAUCUUUGAAAGAUAUGCAAAGUGAGGGGGGCGGAUGGGUACUUAUAUUCGAUACCAUCAAUCUUCGGCCUGUCAUAAUAUUCAAGGCCCAUGACUCUGCCAUUGCCAAGAUUACAAUGUCAAGCAAUAGCUACAAAUUAGCAACUGCAUCAGUGAAGGGAACUAUAUUACGUGUAUUUGAUUUGCAAAUACCAGAUGAUGGAGACAAAGCGGAAAUAAUUCUGGUGAAAAACCUACGCCGUGGUCAUAAUUUAACGAAGAUCAACUCAAUGAGCUUCCACAAUGAUGACCGUAUUUUAGGAUGCGGAUCUGAGUCAAUGACUAUUCAUUUGUUUGAGCUAGCGGGAAUGCGAAAUGGAGACGAUAGGGGAAAUGACCCUCCCGCCACUACACAAGGGCGGAACUGGAACGAUAGUUUUAGUGAUUACGAUAAUCAAAGCGACGGGGAAGGAAAUAGGUCGUCAUCGGAAGAUUUAAAUGAGAGCUUGGCUAACUUGCUACUUUCAAAGCCCAUUGAGGAGAAAACCAAAGUUGGGGCAGAUCAAGAGGGGGAGCAUCAUUUGAAAAGCAAAUCCUGGUUUAGCAAGACUAGGAAGAAAUUUACCGAGAAUGUGUAUACUAACUCAGUGUUUCAAAAGAUACCAUAUAAGGAUUACUUUGAGAAUUUGAUUUGGGAACCACCAAAACGUUCAUUUGCUUUUAUCAAAGUUCCUGAACAUACUGUGACAAAUGAGAAAUCGAGUUGUAGUAAAUUCCAAAUCGGAUUUUGUGGAAACAUUGUGUAUAUUGCAUCAUAUCGAUCUGGUAUAUUUUACCAGUAUCAAUUACCGAAAAAGAAAAUUGUUAAUAGAAGCGGUGGUGCUUCAUUGGAGAAUCAAGAAGAGAAUGAAAAGAGAGGAAAGUGCAUUUUGCUUGGAGAAUAUAGCCUAAGCUAA